AUGUUCAUUUUGAAAUGAGGGAUCAUACAUAUGUACCUUAGUCUCAAAACUAGCCUUCAAACAACUGCACCAUAGUCCAUAUCUGAAUUUUUAUCAAAUUUGAAAAUAGAUUAUCCACAAAAACUUAACAAUGAAAACAGAAGAUGCUACUAUGUAUUGUCCUGAAUCCAACCAAAAGGAACGAAUUAAGCUCAACAUCGGUGGCAAACUCUUCGAAACCACCGUCUCAACCGCCGCCCCUUCCUCCUUCCUCGACUCUCUCUCCUCCUCCACUCACCCACCACCCUUCAUCGACCGCGACCCCGAAAUCUUCUCAUCCCUUCUCUCUCUCCUGCGCACUCACCGCCUUCCCUCCAGCACACUCCGUCACUUCUCCCUCCACCAACUCCUCAACGAGUCCCACUUCUACGGCCUCAACUCUUCCUUACUCUCUUCUCUCUCUCCUCCCUCUCUCUCCCCCUUCGACGCAUCCUUUGUAUCCUCUCUCUCUCCUCCUUCUUCCCCUAUCGUCUCUGCCUUCUCCGCCUCUGCCCAUUCUUUUCUUCUUUUAGCUCAUUCUGGGCAGAUCUCUUACUACGAUGGUCCAACUCUUUCUCUCUCAUCCACGCUUCGUACCCAUCUCCAUGAUAUAUCUUCCAUCGUUUCUAUCUCUCCUGAGAUAUCGGUUGUUGGAUCAAAUUCUUUUUCUGGUCUACAUUUGUAUACUAGAGAAAAUCAUGCCGGGUCGCUGUAUUGGAUGGAUGAUUCAGAUACAAGGGUUCAUAAAUCCCGAGUCACUUCCAUCGCUGACUUGGGGAUGGCGGUGUUUGCUGCUGCGUUUGAGUGUAGACAUGGGGAGAAUGCGGUACAAAUUGUCGAUAAAUCGACUCUAAAAGUUGUGGCGGAAAUUGGGAGGCAGUCCGGUAACUCUGCCAAAUCCACCGCUAUUAAAAGGUUAAGGUGGGUUCCAGAAGUGGGGUUGCUGGUGGGAAGUGCGGUUAAUUGGGGGGCGUUCGGGUAUUCCGGUUAUGUGCGGGUAUGGGAUCCUAGGUCUGGAGAGAUGGUAUGGGAGACGAAUGAGCCAGGUGGGGUGGUUAGGAGUAGUAGGUUGGAUGAUACGAUGGCGGAUAUUGAUGUUGAUCCAGAAGAGCUAUUUUUGGCUAAGGUGGGUUCGAAGACGGGGGACUUGGGUGUGGCUGAUUUGAGGAAAUUAGGUUCUGACCCAUGGGUGUAUUUGGAGGAUCGGUACCCAGGAUUGAGUAGAGAUUGGAAUGCCGGGGGAAGUGUGGUGGUGCAUUGUUACAAGGGAAAUGUGUUUGUUGGGAGAGGCGGGGGAUUGGAAGCUUGGUCGAGGGUGGCAGACCGAGCAGUUGUAGGUGACGGAGGAAGAGGCGAGAGAGAAUGGGGUGUGUAUAGGAGGAAUUAUGUAGAUAAGGUGGAGGACUUAAAGCGGGGAAUAAUAAGUAAGAUUGAAGGAGGUGGGAAUAGGCUCUUUGUUAGAAGGGAAAAUGUAGGAGGUAUUGAAGUUUGGGAGACUUCUUGUUCAUCUGGGGUUAAGACGGCUGUAUGAUCUUGAAAUUGGAAAGGCAUUGUGGCUUUGUGCUGAUGGAUGACUCUGGCUGCCACACCCAAUGACGUAUGGAUUGUUGAUUUUGAACAUUAUACUUUGAGGUUUACAACAUUUUCCUCAACUCAAAGGUUAUUAAUUACUGAGUAUUGUUGAUCUGUUCUGGUUGCGUUUCCUUUGGUUUGAUUUGUUGUUUUAGCCUUGUCAGUAAUUAAGGAAGAAACAGUUCUGUAUGGGUUGGUGAAAAAAUAAAAAUAAAAAUUGGACUGUUAACAA